UUGCGAUCAUUUUCUCAAUUUUUGUUCAAACACUUGUUUGGCGGUCUAGCUCAAGUAGCUGGCGAGGAAAGACUAAUAAUGUUUGUAUUUUAGUGACACUAGAGCAGCUCGCAGAGCCAGACGAUCGCUGUGCAUGUCGCAGGUGUCAGCAGGUCCGUGGCGGCGGUCUGCAGAGCGACGAUGACAAUAAUAUUAUUAUUUGUUGGAAACUUAAUGGUGAUGUCGACAGCGAAGCUGAAUCGCCCCCGUCGUCACCGGUAGCGAAGAGGCACUACAAUAGUUGUGGGCGAGUACAUUAGGCGACGAACUGCCUUACGACGUUACGUGCCGUUCAGCUCUCAUGAGUCUGACGCGGUCUCGGAAGUGCAGAUGACGAUCAAAUGUGUCACUGCCAGAAUCGAAUGAGUAUGCAAGUGCAACGCCGCCCAGAGCAUUGUGGAGCUUUCCAGAAAGAACUAACUUGGUCCAUGACUUGAAACUGAUGUCGUUGACAUGCUCAAUCAACACGUCUCGUACCUGCAGCAAGUGUUACCGCCGCUCGACCCGGGCGGGUGCAUCAGGCCCCAACAGCAACAAUGAUGGCCUCUUCAGGACUUUUCUUCGGUAUCCUGAUUGGCUGCUUGCUUCUCUUCAGUCCCCUGCUGCUGAUUGGCUGCAAUGGUCAACCUGUCACUCUCGGUGCUAGUGGUACAGGACAAUCAACAGGAGCAUUCAGAGUGACAUUUGGUGAUGGACAACCUACAGCCGAUGUUACCGAUUACUUACCUGGAUGUGUUGUGUUCAGUGGAUCAGGACCCUUCAUUCGACUGGAGAAGACUGACGGUAGUCUAGUGUUGGCUGAGACAGGUGCCUUCUCAGGAGGUACUAUUGUACAGGUGAACAGCACAGUACAUCCUAUACUGAACACGUCAUACACUGGACUGUACCAUUGCAGAACAGUGGAUCACAACUCUAGCCAUACAUAUCAACUCAACAUUGUAGCUAAACAAGUCCGGUCAGCGUUCCCCACAUCCCAGCGACUAAUUUCGCGUGAUGCCAGUAGUACGAUACCGUGCAUGUCGAGUGGUAGUUCAAAUCUGAACGCUUCGUGGACAUCAACACCAGCGCUGGACAUGCCGGUUAUCCGGACGACGAACCUUCCGAAGAUCGUGCAUUCCGUUUUCACCUUCCAGCUGAAUGAUCAAACGAUUGUGAGGGAACUGAACGAUCUUGAUACAUCACGUGUUACCUUCAAUGUAACGUGUACAACGUGGUACACGGAAGGUGACUGCACUGGAAUAGGGUCAACCCCUCCGCGUCCACAGCGUGUGACCGAAAGAUGUAUUCAUGCUUCUCGGCCAAUAUCCUCAACUGUCUCGGUCACUGUCGAAGAAGAACAGUGUCCUGAUCUAGUGUCUGCCCACUUCAACUACAAGCCAAUAGCAGGUUUCAGCAGGGCGAUUGGUGCGCAGAUAUCUAUACUGUGCCAAGCGGGAUAUCUUCCGAGCAACGGUCUGCCUAUCACCAACUCUACGUGCCAGAUUGGCGGAGUGUGGUACCCAAGUCCACCAGGAUGUGAAAAAGUCUCUUCUUCAAGUCCUGAUACUGACGCAACGCCUCAAUCAGCGACAUCAGCGAUCCAGAUUGCACAAGAGACAGCGAUGUCAAGCGUGACGGUGCGCUCUGCCUCACCCGCAUAUUCAACGACUGAUGAUUCUGCAGAGGAAGGCGUGCAGUCUGCAACAGUCAUUGGCGUUGGGAUUGCAUUCGGUGUCGUUGUAUUUGCCCUUUUAAUCGUCUUCAUCUUUGCACUGAGGAGGCAUUGCAGGGAAUCUUUGGAACCUCUGGAAGCCAAUGUGGCAAGCAGCAGUCCGCCAGCAGCCACUAGUCCGCCAGCAGCCAGCAGUUUGCCAGCAGACAACUGUGCAGUGGAUGACACUACGCCGACUCCGGAACGAACGAUCCAAUACUGCCAGGUGGAGUUGUUGCCCAGAUGUGAUGCUUCCCGUGCUUCAGCCACACCGACAAGGAGCAGAGUUGAUUACUCCAUGGUACUAGGUGUGCAUGAGGGGAGCACAUGGAUUUGAGAUCCCAACGGCAUUGAUGUGGCCUCGGGCAAGCAUGUCAUAAACUAGGCCACGGUUCUUCUCGCUGACGUGCUCACCUGUACAAGACUUCUUCAUCGUAACUGCAAGGCUUACUGGUAUCGCCAUGCUGCCCUGUGUCUGUCCAUCAUGACUAUCAGCCUACGCACGCGCACACAAACACACACGCGCCUGCCCGCACCCACCCACACACCCUCGAACACACACACACGCACGCGCACACAUAAACAUGCACGAACACACAUGUGCGCGCACGCGCAUACACUCGCAUGCGGCCACAAACACCCACCCACGCGCGUGUUACGUGCAAUUCUCCCCACUGUAAAAUGUUGCUGUGCAUAAUUGAGCGUCGCAGCUUCCGAAGUACCUGUGCAAAUUCUUCGGCAGGUGAUGCUCAAUCCGAACGUAGUUCGACACACACCUGCAUGCCGCUCUCGUACUUUUGGUACCAAAUGCAAAAUCCUAAAAAAAUUGCCCUUUGCUCGUGUAUUAAAUAUUGGUCAUGCCCACAUUACACAAUUCAUCAUGAUCAGUCUUUGUUGUCACCCGUCCACUUGCAUGUAUCCCUGGUCACCAACUGCUAGCCAACACCCUUCCUCAGCAAAAGAAAAAUAUAGGCCAAUUAGUGUUGCCGUAUUCUCUCCCUCCGCAUUUGAUCCCAUGUCCUUGUUCUUGUUUUUAGCUUUCUUUUUUUUCCUUAGGCUUUUCAACUUGCUCCGUACAUGCGCUUACUUCAUCUAGCGCAAACAACUGUAGAGUUGGUAUUGCUGUUUCUUGGGACCAAGUUACCUAGUUUAGCAGGCUGUAUGCUUUCUUUUUUCUUUAAAAAAAUAAAUGACCGUAUUGUAUUCUUCCAUGCCAUGUUUUGUGACCGAUUCUGAGGAGUCCCUAGUUUCGGUUUCCUUGCAGCUCGAGAAGUACAUGUACUUCCUUUUGCUCUUUUCUUUGUGUACUUUGUAUAGAUCUGCUGCGCCUUUUAUAGUACGAGGCAAGUUGCUGUUUGUGCUAUUCGCUGCAUUGCCAAUUUGCCAUUUCUUAACCGCUUUAGCGCUAGCAAGGGUGCCGGUGCAUUGUCUUUUAUCAUCAGAUUUUCAAAAUUAUAUCUUUUGUGCAUUGCAGGGUUUCGACCCAACCUUA